GUGAUAACCCAGAAUACAGCAACUACGGGUGGUCUUUUAUGCUUUAUACUGUGUUUCUUUUCCAAAAAGGUAGUGUUGACGUAUGCGAAGAGAAACAGCAAGUAUUUUAUUGAAAAAGAACCAGCACGGUCAACGUUGACCAGCAAAAUCAUAUAGUAGCCAACCGGUGGCAUCUCGGCUCUAUUUUGAUCACAAACAACGUGUCUUUCGAUUCAAUCUUCCAUUAAUUCUCCUUUAAAACUUCGGAAAAGCUGAUUUCAAGCAAAUGAAUAGAUUCGACUAGACGUUGGAGCCAUACACAGGUAUUUGACAGUUUUGAAUUUACUCAGUCAUAAUGAGCGACGAACUUCAUUUACAAGAAAAAUUUGAAGUUGGGGUCAUGAAGAGGAGUAUAAACUGGCGUAGAGUCAAGCGGACUUUGCUGAAAUUUCUCAACGGGACAAUUCUAGUGACACUGAUCACAUUUAUCAUUUUGCACACCCAACACGGCCCAUUUUGGAGGAUCCAAAAAACACAAAUGGGAUCAACGAGUAAUCGAGACAAUUUGAGAAAUUUUGCUGAGGAAAAACCUACGAAAAAAGUAAAAGAUGUCAAAAUCAAGGUGCCCUGGAGAUUUCAUCCCGAAGACGACGGUUUUCUUUUUCCUAAGAUAAACACUAUUGAGAAAUUCAUUGCAUACAGACCGGCUCCUGUCAGCUGGCCUAAGCAGUUGCUUCAGUUUGAGAAUGCAGUGGUAUUUGCUUAUCUUUUGGAAAGAACAUUACUUGUUCCACCUCUGAUUCCAUCCAGGAGUUUAGAGCAAAAUGUCACGAUAGAUUCUAAUAAACAUUUUCCAAUAUCACAGAUUAUCAACUUUAAUCUAUUAUCCAGAGUCACCUCACUGAAAGAAGUAACUAUCAAGGACAUUGAAAAGCUUCAUGCAUCAGCUAAUGUGUAUAAUAUUUGCCACGAUCGCCGCUUAGGCUUUUGGGUGGACUUUAUUCCUGCUGUUGAGGAUAUACAAAUAUGGCGGCUGCUUAAAUCUCAACGGUUUACUGCAUUUCCAGUGCGUCUUGAUGACCACGAAGUUGACUUGAUGUGCCCUGGGACAAUCCAAUACGGGAACCGUUGGGGACCCCCAAUGAAGGUAAAACCAAUAAUAAGAUCGAUACUGACAGAGCUUUAUGAAAGAGACGAAGACUUGCUGUUCUUUGAAGGUGAUACCCUUAGCACUAAAGACAUGAGGUUCUUUGACAAAAAACGUACUAAAACGGUACAAGAAAUAUUGAUAUUCCAUGUUCAGUUUUCUAAGAGAAUCAACAGGCUACUAGCCAAGUUGAUGAGGCAUUUAGGCCACAGGUAUAACGCCAUUUUAUCAGGACCCCUUUCCAAAAAUGGAAGUCUGGAUAGAACUGAAUUGCAAAUGAGGUUGCAGGUUAAUGGCUUGUUCAACAGAUCAAAGACUAUUUUCAUCUCGUGUAUGCGAAAGGAUGAAAAUGAGUUCAAAUUUCUCAAGAAGCUUGGCUAUGAUUUGAUAUUUGAGAGCCAACUGGAUAUUCAAACGCAUAAAAAUAACACUUUGCUACAAAACAUUCACAAAUUAUGCUUAGCAUUACUAUGCGCGUACGCUUCAAAGCUGAUAGCGAUUGAAGCUCCUGAAAAUGAAUUUUUCGUUGAACAUUUACGAUUACAAAAUGUCACAAUGAAGGACGGUCUGGUCGCUGAUAACAUAAACGUUAGGUGGGCUAAACAUACUCAGCUACCAAGAAAGGACGAGAGAGUAAUACUUGAACGGAAAAAUCUAACAUCGUUCAAGACUAUGCCGAUGGAAAACAAAAUGCCGAAUGCAGUAAGAGUUAAUCUAACAGAAAAAAUGACAACUAGCUAUAAAAAUAAUAGCUUAAUGGCUAAUGAAACACAACUUGGACAAACAAUAAGGGGGGCUGCGAAGAGCAAAUUGCCGCCAAAAAGUAGCGGUCAGCCGAAAAAGACACGAACCAAGGUAGACCUGAUGGUCUGUAGUUUCUGUCUCUACAUGAAAAGAAUAACGGCAGAGCAUGGCUGUCCUAGUCUCUCAUCUUGGUGUCAUUAAGUUUGGCGAUUUUGGUUAGAGAAAACGAUACGCUUUCCUAAAAGGCCUUUUAGCAGACGAGCUGGCAGUAGCCCAGACAAAUACUGGUACAUAAACUCAAACUAUACAACUCUAUGGCCACGUACGACAAGGAAUGUCUCGGGUCAUUCAUCAGAAUUCAUGUCUGCCCUAAGGCUUUUGAAAAAAGAACCGAAGGAAGCCCGGAGUUAACCUGUCGCUAUAAACAACCGCUCUUCACGGCCAACAUCAACUUUUUUCUUAAUGACAAAUUUACGAUUGGGCCUGGAGCCCACGGAUCAAGAACAGUUCCUUGUAAACCACAUACUCGAUUAAGCACCCAAACUUUUUAAGAAGUGCACCUAUUGUAACCUUUCUGUUUAGCCUGGGCCACGAAGAGAAUCAACUGUUUAUCGAGAUAUGGAAUAAAACUUUCAGAGGGUUGAAUUCACAUUGAUAGCUCUACGUACCUGCUC